GCGCCCUCAACAACCUGUGGUAGAUGAGAAGAACCCGUUCUACUGCCCCGCUCUCGACGCAAUCGCUUUCCUGCAAAACCUCCGACACGAAAUCCAUGCGGACCCACCUCCCUACUCUCGCACUCCGGGCGACUGCCUGCCUUCUUUCGCCGAAUGUCUCGACAAGUCCCUGGACGAAGCCGAACUCCAAGAACUACUCUACAGGGCCGUGCCUCGAGUCCUCGACAGCCCCGACGUCUCCCAGGCUAAUCUCAAAUUCUCUGGAUACUUCUGUGAUCACAGCACCCCUGCACCACGCCGCGGCCUGCAAGACAUCCCUCCUGGACUCAAAGCAAAGCGCAGGAGGCCUUCCCCCCCGGGAACCUUCAGUGAUAUGCUCGCGCCCCCGAAAAGAGAGAAAUCGUACCAGAGCGUCAACGAGAGCUCCUUCGAACUCAGCGCUAGGGGGGAGAAGCUCAAGUACUUCAGAGAAUCCGUGGACGCUCUGUACUCGCCAUAUGCGCCACUCAGCUAUGGGUACUCCGACGCGGACCGGCGGCCGACGACGUUCGAGCUGGAGAGAAAGAUCCGGGCACUGGAAGGUGCGUAUAUGCUGCAUCCCAUCGACGCUGACGGAGGUACAAUGGCAAUGGCGCGUGUUGCCCACGUAUAUGAUGUGCUGUAGACGAGUUAUACGGUCCUCCAGUCGGCGCGGAGACUCCUCGCAGCAUGAACGCGCUCACGACGCGUCUCGACGCGCAGCAUAUAGCGGAGCUUCUCGCCGUUGAUGGUUCGUGUUGUCCUCUUCCGCCGUAGCAAUGCAGUGGCUUGUCUGACCAAAGUGUUUGCGAUUUGGCAGGGCACCUGAACGCGCGAGUCCUAGAGAUGCUCCGCAUGUCCGAAAUCGAUUGCCUCGAUCUCACCGCGUCGCUCAUGGAUGCGGAGGGCCUCAACUUCGGGGCGAGGGAGCUGCUGCCAGGUGCAUGCCUUGAGGGUGCUUUCAUCGAACAUACCUAACUCAGUUUGCGGCAGUCUUCCGCAAGCCGAAUAGCUUCCUCUUCUUGAGCGAGCUCAGCCUCAGCGACGCAUCCCUACAAGACUUCGACAUGACCUACAUACACCACCUCCCGCGUCUGUCCCGGCUCUGGCUUAGCAACACAGGAAUCAGCAACGAGGCCGUAUAUCACCUCGUCGCGCUCC